AUGUCUUCUUUUCUCCUAUUCUUCCUUCUACUGGUCGCUUCCGCUUCGGCCGGAGUUUUGUACUUUCGGAAUGCUGAUGGAUCAUUCAUGAUGUCAUCUGGAUUGGAUAACAUGUCGAAUGAAAAUCUGGCAACGUCGAAUAAUGGAAACUCCAAGGACGAAUCUCGUCAUUUUGCCGGAAAUGUCGACCACCCAAUGAAUGUCAUCCACGUUACCAGAUUUCCUGGUAAAAACGUUAAUGUUGUCCAGGACACUGUGGACGACAGGAUCGUACAUGAAACCAUUCAACUUGGUGACCCCGACAUAUCUGUCGUUGAGAAAGCUCUCGUCAAAGAUGUCGUUCGUAUAAUAAUGAAGAAUGAUGAAUACAUGAUUCUCCUCAAUCACCCUACCUUCCCGGAAAUCGUGGCAAUGGUCAGAUCUAUGCUGAGAGAGCCGAUUCAAGAAGUCAUUCAACAUCAACUCUGGAGCAAAGUUCUCGCGAUUCGUGAAUACUACGACAACGUCUUCAAGCCAUUCAAUGAUCCAGAAGCCAAGGCUACAGCAAUGGAGUUUUUGAACCAUUUGAAGAAGUCAUCGGAAGAUCACAAAUUGGCGGUCACUGAUACUGUGGAGUUGGGUAAAAGAGUGAAGGAGUUGGCAUUUUUGCUCCAAGAAGAGGAAUUCGAUCAAAAAUUGAGUGAACUGGAGGGGACGUUGGAUGAUUCGAAACAUGAAUACAAACGGAGUCAUCAUGUCAGAAAAAAUGCUGUCGAUGUGGAGCCGAAAUUCGCAAAAUUCCCUCCGCCAACAGUUCUUCCACCUACAACACUUGCAACACCACGAUUCCAUGAUUUUGGAAUGAUGGAGAUGAACAACGAUAACUCGAAUGGUGUGAUGAAACCAGUGGUGAGGAAGAUGAACAACGGUGACGCGAAUGAAACCAUGAACCAAAAGUUCAACAACGUGGAGAACGAGAAUAUGAAAAAUGGAAAUAUGAAUGGCAGUACCCGGAAAUUUUCAAAAAGGAGUAGCGAAGAAAUUCCAGAGUACCCGAGAAUACGUGGUCGGAUGCCGCCAGUGGUCAGGAAGAUGAACAACGGUGACGUGGAUGAGCCGCGAUACAGGGUGGAGAACAAUGAUAGUUCGGAGGUCGAGAUGAAGAUCAACGGUAUUCUGGAUGGUAUUUUGGAGCCGAAGCUGAACAUAACAAACAACAAGAAAUCGAAGAAUGGAAAUGCGGGUACAAACAAGGAUAACGCUAGUGGGAUGAAAGUUGAAAACUUGAACAGCACCGUGAAAGUUUCGAAGAGCAGUAGCGUAGAAAUGCUCCCAACAACAUCUGCCCCACGACGUAAUGCUUUUGAAUUGACGGAGACGAGCAACGACAAUUCGGGUGGUGUGAUGAAGCCGGUUCUUAACCAGAUGAACGGUGAUGCCAUAAACCCGAAGUUCAACAACAUGGAGAACGGUAGUUCUGAAAAUCUUUAA